UUGAAAAACGUCGACAAAAGGGCAAUCUGCGACGAGAAAAUGGAAAAAUAUCCACUUGCCAGCGCAUUUCUAGGCCAAAGUUGGCAAAGAAGUGGGCAUAUGGACCAGCUUGAGGAGGAGCUCAACAGGAAAGCGGAAAUGCGAGACGAGGAGGGAAUGAUGCGCCCGAAGCUGGAGGAGCUGAUGAUUGACACGAUGUUCGCUAUGCUUGGCUCCGUCAGUAUGAAGGAGGCCGAAGAUGAUAUGGGGGAGAUCGAUUUGAUGAUACAAGGCUGUAUUGGCCAGAUCUUGGAGAUGGAGCAGAUGCUCGAGGGCGCCGGGGUCCUGAACCUCCUUGCCUACACCAUAGAGCGCAAGGAACGCGAGGCCGAGCAAAAAAUGGCGGUUCUCCGGGAUCUGGCUGCCCACGAGGAGGAGCAAAAUGCCAUUCUUGAGGCUCGCGGCAUCGUUAAGGAACUGCGCGCGGAGCAAAAGGACCAUACAGAGGUGGAUCAGAUGCUAGCCAAUAUGGAUCAAGAGCUACAAAAGUUGAAUUACCACUGGAAGAUUACGAUCACUGAUAUGUGUGACACUCGUAACAAGAGGAUAGUCAGCCUUACGCAGAUGAGCCAAAAGAUAAAUGAACUGCAGGCAAAGAUUAAAGAUAUGGACUCUGUUCUUGGUGAAUUCUGCACUGCAGGCCGUGCUGUUCAAAGAAAACAUUGGACUACAUUGGACUUGAAAUCCACAAAGACCAAGGUCUCAGAGCCCACCCCAUCUACUGAUUCCCGUACACCACUUAAUUCGGCUGUGGAUUUUCUCAGCAACAUGCUGUCCGAGAAGCCCGCCCAGGACGAAAGUGACGCCGAGGAAACCGACCAAAGCAAGGACAGUGAGGAGCAGAAGGUGACUCAGGAGAUGGAGACACCGCUACGAUCCAUAUUGGUCAGUCGCGAGGAAGAGGAUCCUCUUUCCCUCUCUAGCUUGGAAUCAAAGCAAGUGCGCUUUGCCGAUUCUCCAGAACUUGCACAGGUAAGGAAGAUGGAGGACGAUGAUCUAGAUUGGCCAUCCGAUUCCGAAGAGUCAGAAGAGCUAGAAGUCGAGGACGAGGAAGAGAAUGCGGGAGAGGAAGAGGAGAUAUCAGAGGAAGAACUAGAGGAAGCGACUGACAAUGAGACAGAGGAGGAUUCAGACGAUUUCGAGGGAGAAUCGGAAGACGAACCGGGGAUGCAACACGAAGGAUUUGGGGAGUACGCCCAAGUAGAGCACCCAAAAGAGAAGAUGUUGGAUCUGGAACGGAAGGAGUAUGAAGAGAAUUCUGGAUCCGAAAUGGAGGAAUCUGGAUCAGAUGACGAGGAAUCUUGUGAAGAGGAGUCAGGUGAGGAGGAGUCGGAUGUGGUAGCCGGCAAAAUAGACGAGGAAAUAGCUCCUGAGCAACAGAAGCAAGCAACUACUAGAACAGAUGCUCAACUAGAGACUUUCUUUAAUAACAACAUUGCCGCCGAAUCAGGAAAACCGAAAAUACUUAGUGUGGAGGCUAUCCCGCAAAACCCAACUACAGUGGACAUCGACGAUAUACCCAGCACCUCCAGCGGCAUUCGGAGCCGUCUUUCUAUUACAAGCAAGGACGAACCAUUGCCGGCUAAGCGCCUUAAACUUGAGGAAGAUGAGUUCCCAAUGGCCCAGCCUCAACCCGACUUUUUCAAAUCCCUAUCGACCAAUUGCGGGGGCAUGGAGGAUGACCAAUCUCUGGUAUUCGACUCUCCAACAAACGAUAUCGACGAUGAUUACCUGAUUAACUUCAGCGAUGAUAAUGAUGUUUCACUAAAUAGAACAUCAUACAUGCUAUAAUUUUGAAAUAUGAAGUGAGCAGAAAUGAUUGUGUUCCUAAAAGAGAACACACUUUAUUUCAGUUACUCUUUAAAAAGCUUCCUACAUUCUAUCUGCUUUUUUGAAACAUCAAAAAAUAUAUCCUAUACGGAGCGCUAUACUCAUCCUUUUGUAAUGCUUACAAAAGAGACUUAACAAAACAUAAGCUUAUGAUUUCCACUCGUUAUGGGAAGUAAAUAUUUUCUUAAGAAACGAAACAAACAUAAUUUUCAUUAUGGUAUUCUUUUUCAUAUAAUUCAAAAGAAUUUCACCUUAAAAAAUUAAAACAAAAAAAAUACAAAUUUCUACAAAGUACAAAUACGUUUAAAAAUACAACGACUUGAAAAAAAGCUACUGAAGGCUCAAAUCUAAUUAUUAUUUUGAAAAAAUAUAUUUAAAAAUGUAUAUUUAAAUAGACUUUAAUAAAAUGUUCACAAAUCUAUGAAAGCUUAA